AAGUUACAAAGACAUUGGGAAAUAGCUGAAACUCUCAUACGUCCCAUCCUCGCUUUUCCACAGCAAUUAAUUAACUCUUUUCUCUCUCUCCAGCUCUUUCCGUCUUCCAUUUUCAUCAUCAACCUCCAAUGCCGAAGCAAACAAACCGCAAACCCACAAACAAAAUAUAGUAAUUUUAAUAAAAUUAAUUCUUACCCAUUUCCACUCUCGACCAAACCAUGAAACCCAAGUGAAGUGACGCCCACCUGAUCCCUCUGUUCACUUCCAAGGAAAUUCACUCUCUCAACUAGACAAGGAAAACAUAAUGCUGGAUCUUAACCUCUCAUUUCUUUCCCCUGGUUCCACCUCCCCUUCUCCUCCGGGACUCGACAACAACAAGCUACUAGAAGUUUCCAUGGCAAGUUCUGGAAGCUUAAACUCCUCUUCCAUUGUCAAUGCUGGCGACGACGACGAUGACUCUAACGCCGUUGAACCCUUCAGUUACUCUUUCAGCAUCUUAACUAACCACCCUCACCAUGACGACGACGACGACGAUAACUCCGGCGACAGGACUAUUCAGCUUUUCCCGGUUGACGGACACUCAAUUAAAACGCAGUGGUUGAAUCUCCGGAGCAGGGAGGUUGAGUACGGUGCUGGUGGUCCUCCGCUGGCUCAGAGACCGGUGAAGAAGAGUAGGCGUGGGCCCAGGUCAAGAAGCUCUCAGUAUAGAGGAGUUACGUUUUACCGGAGAACUGGGAGAUGGGAGUCUCAUAUUUGGGACUGUGGCAAACAAGUCUACUUGGGUGGAUUUGACACUGCACAUGCUGCAGCUAGGGCAUAUGAUCGAGCUGCGAUCAAGUUCCGUGGAAUUGAAGCUGAUAUCAAUUUCAAUGUUAGUGACUAUGAUGAGGAUAUUAAGCAGAUGAGUAAUUUUACUAAAGAGGAAUUUGUGCAUAUCCUGCGUCGCCAGAGCACCGGAUUCUCCAGAGGAAGCUCCAAGUAUAGAGGUGUCACACUGCAUAAAUGUGGGCGAUGGGAAGCUCGUAUGGGCCAGUUCCUGGGCAAAAAGUACAUUUACCUUGGGCUAUUUGACACUGAGAUAGAAGCUGCAAGGGCUUAUGACAAGGCUGCCAUAAAAUGCAAUGGAAGGGAAGCAGUCACCAAUUUUGAGCCAAGCACUUAUGAAGGCGAAAUUAUGUCUGAGGUCAAUAAUGCAGAUGGCAACCAGAAUCUUGAUCUGAACUUGGGAAUAGCUCCACCUGAUACAUCUGGUACCCAAAAGAUAAACAUAGAGACGAGUGGCUUUCCUUACCAGAGUAGCUGGGAUGGCAGGCCUAAUGACAGGGGACAAAUGAUUCUUAGCUCUGGUUCUGCAACAUUGAAGGAUGAACUGCCAUAUGACCCUUCAAUGCCAUUUGAGCACCCUCCUCUAUGGGGUGGCUUGCAUUCCAAUUUCUUUCCCAUAUAUAAGGAAAGAGCAAUGGAGAAGAGGAUGGAAGUAGAUUCAUGGCCAAAUUGGACAUGGCAAGCCCAAGGACCUUGUGGUGGGGCAAAUCCACUGCCUUUCUUCUCUACUGCAGCAUCAUCAGGAUUCGGAUCUUCAACAAUUACAGCACCUUCAGCAGCUGCUGGUCAACUUCAAUUUCCAAAUUCAGCAAUUCUUCACCAUCAUUUUUCUCCUUCCAUCACCAACCCCAGCAACGUAUCCCAUUUCUAUUACAAGAGCUGAAAUAACUAAAACUGCCAGUCCAAAACCUUCUCUGGUACAGAAAGGUGAUGGGAAGGCAAACAAAGAAAAGAAGCCAAGAAUGGUAAUCGGAUUUGUAUUUUCGAUUGCGAUUAGAGUCAAGGAUCAGUAGGUUCAGCAUUUAUCUUUCUUGUAAAGCUCAUCAAGCUAGAGAAUUUUGGCCUUUGUGGCUCGACUAAAGAGCUUGAGAAAAAAAAAAGAUUGUCCUAAGCAUUUCUGAUCUUUGUGCUGAGCUCCAAAGGUGCUUUUAUUCUUUGUACCAAGCCUUGUCAUUGUCCUUCAAGUGCCAUGGAUGCUAGACAGCAGUUCAUAUUUUCAAGCAGCAUUCUAUAUCUAUAGUUCAUCUGUAACCUUGCUCCUCGGAAGGAAAACGGGGGAGUAAAAAAAAUAGUUUCUCCAGUCUGUUUGGGAGAAUGCUUAUUUGGUACUGGAGUUCUGGAAAUCUUUGAAGUGCUCUGGAAUUGUUAUAAGAACAAUAUUUUGCAGCAAAGCACGGUUGACAGACCAAUGCUAAGGUGCAGUAUGUACAUUAUUAACAUUUGUCUUAGCGAUUAGCAUCAGUUCUGAUUA